CUCGUGGCUCAUUUUGUCAUUCAGUUUCGAAUUGUAAUAUAAAUCAAUUUUAUAUUAAAUAUAAAACGACAAGUAUAAAAAUAUCGAAUAAUUGUAGAAAUAUAAAACAAUAUUACCUACUCCUGUGUCUGAAUACUGUUCUUAGAUAUUAAAGAAACAUUUGUUUUUUAUUUUUAAAUAAUUUUCGAGCUUUUAUAUAUAGGAUGGCCAAAUUGCUGUUUGUAAUAAUCAUGAACUUCGUCGUUUCGAUGAGUGUUUUAUUUGGUGAAAAUAUUUGUAGUCACUACGAUGAUAAAGAUUGCGUUCAUCCGAAUAUCACAAAAAACGGUCACUACGCUAACCAAUGGUCGGUCUAUUUGCCCGGAAUCUCUAAAGACGAAGCUAAGCAACUGCUAGAAGAUAACGGAUUUGAUUAUUUAGGAAAGGUUAUAAUUAUUUCGUAUCUCGGUAACAUUUCAUUAUUAUUUGAUAUUAAUAUUGUAGUACCUACCUAUAAUAUAGAUAAUAGAUGGUCUCGAAUUAUACCUUGUGACCAGAAAAGGUACACCAGAAAAACACGCCAUGCCGGAUGAAAAAACUAUUGAACUACUUAAGAAACACAAACAAGUUGAGUAAAACACAAAUUAAUACUUACUUAUUUAAUUAAAUAUAAUUAAAAAAUGGUAAGUUUUCUUUUAGAUUCGUAGCAUAGCAAAAUAUCUAUUUAUUUUACUAUGAUAGGUAUUAUUUUUUUUCUGUCUGUAAGCAACUUUUCUACCAGAGAUCUUCCUCGAUGUAUAAAGUGACUAAACACAGUACCUUUAAUGAAAGGAAAUUUUCUCUAGCAAGUACAUUAAAGAGAUCAUUUUUUGAUUUUCAAAAUAAUUGGGAAAAAUCGGAAAGAUAAUUAUAGGUGAAACAGCAAAUUUUUUCAGCGUCUUUUGUUUUUAUUUUUGUUUAUGAUUUUUUCUACCAGAAAUAAUGCUCCAAACGAAAAAUGAAAAAAAAUCGAUUUUGUUCGUUAUAAUAUACAGCCACUGGCUGUAUAUUAAUUAGCAAAAACCAAAAAGACGAAAAAUACAUUUUUUUUAAAAAAAAUACGGCGCAAUAAUUUUUAUUUCGGCAAGUUCUCUGUAGAUAAAAUUGUUGGACUUAAUAUAAAUGCUUGAAAAAUUGACAGAAGUUUCAUUAUUAGCCGUACAUAGUGGUAAAAAAAAUAGAAAUUGAUUGUAAUAUAGUAUUUUUUUUUUUUUUAAUUAAGUUAAAAUCAAAUUUUGACGACAAUUGUUACAGCCUUGUAAAAUAUGUAGGUAUACGUGACUACGCUUUGAAUUGUUUUUUGUUAGCAAUGCUUUAUCGUUGGUUACAAGUAUAAACUAAAUAACUUUAUGUAUCCCACUUUCCAAACUACCCACCUACAACUGCAGUGGCCACACCCGUCCCCAGUAUCAGUUUUUUAUAUUAUUUAUUUAAUUUUAAUUAAAGGACAUAUUUUAUCUCCGUCUACAUAAAUCACGUUUUUCUGUUGGGCGAAGGAGAGGGAUUACCAAAUUUAAUAACUGCGGUUAUUUUCUUUCAGGUACAUUCCGUCACGCAAAAGCACGUACUUGAAAAUUCGGCGGAUAAAGUGUUCAGUAUUGUGGACAAUACCAAAGUCGAGUGCGAGUCAUUGGAUCCCAGUUCGAUCAAGUUGAACGACGGUAGCGAGAACCUGAAAAGAGCACAGGAGCAGGAGGGCGGUGAGGAAGUAGCGACAAUGUAUACCGCGACUAGGCCCGCGUCCAGCUCCGGUUCCGUCGACCUGUAUGACCAACUGAAUAAUAAUAACACUAUCAACAGUGCUGUGGCUACAGUGAUGGCGGCUGAAAAGCUCAACAUGGAACGCGAGGACAUGACGGCGUUGAUGGCAGCGGUGGCAGCUGCGACGUCGGAUGCGGCUAUGCCAUCGACUACGGCGAUAGUCGACUCAUUGCCACCGUCGGAGAUGAACGAUUGGACGGUGGCCGGCGAUCACGGUCCGUAUUACGGGGACGUCUCGGACGACGCUUUGGCGUUAGAGGAGUAUCUGUUGAACGAGUACUUAAUACAGACGGAAAAUGUGUCAAAGAUACGUUCGCUGAGGGACGUAAAUCAACACCAGUUGAGCGAAGAUCCGGUGAAAGCGAAUCUGUUAAACGGAGACCAAUUAUUCGACAAGUUGUCUGUGGAAUGGACGACGGUGACCGGACCGAUGGACAACGAGAAUAAGAGGCCCGAGUUUUAGGACGCGAUAUCAAUUUAACUGUUCGUGUACUUACCGGCUUAUUAUUAUUAUUAAUAAACUAUUAAUAUACCUACUUAGAUAGAUACCUACUUUUAAAUGUCAAUUACUAACAAUAUAAUAGACAAAACGCACGCAUAAUAUGUUAUUUUAAUUUCGGACAACUUCUGUCCGAAAUAUAUAUUCGCCGGAGAAGUUUCCCUUCAUAAUUGGAUUCACCCUUUGAAUUUUUGUUAAAUUUCCAAAAAUAGAGCUGGCUAUUACAGCCUAUAAUGUCCGCUAUAAUAUAUUAGAUACAUGUAUGUAUGUAAGGAUAGAUAAGUACAUAUGGUUACUUAUUAAAAAGUAUAUCGCUCAUCAUUCAGUCACCGUGUAUAUUAUUAUUAUUAUGACGAAAUGGUAUUGGUAAUGAGUAUCG